GUCCGUUAAUCCCUUCCGGCCGCCCAAGCGGUGUUCGCCGCUCUAACUCUUCCCCCUCCGUUGACGUGGAAUGAAGGCAGCAGCUCCAGCCAGACGGGUGACAAAUAAGGACCCGAUGUACCAGUUGUGACUAUGGAGCCAGCCAGCGAUGUAGGAGGUGCAACCAUUGCAGGUCCAACUGAAGAGAGUUACUUUAUGAGCUAUACUUUCACAGACAGAUUACACUCCGUACGAGUUGCUCAGAGCAUAAUGGAUCUGUGUCUUGAAGACAGGUUGUUUGCAGAUGUUACCAUCUCUGUGGAAGGUAAAGAAUUCCAGCUACACAGACUAGUUCUUUCUGCUCAGAGCUGCUUUUUCCGCUCCAUGUUCACCUCUAAUUUAAAGGAAGCUCACAAUGAUGUUAUAGAAUUAAAAGAUGUGAAUGCAAGUGUUUUCCAGCUCCUUGUGGACUAUAUCUACCGGGGAACUGUAAAACUGAGAGUGGAGGACCUCCAGGAAACAUAUGAGGUGGCGGAUAUGUACCAAUUGACUUCACUUUUUGAAGAGUGCUCUCGGUUUCUGGCUCGGACAGUUGAUAUCAGGAACUGUUUACAAGUCAUGUGUUUGGCUGAUCAGCACAGUGACCAGAAACUGUAUACAGCAGCAAAACAGUGUGCAAAAACACACCUGUCUCAGCUUCACAAAACAGAAGACUUUGUGAAACUACCGAUAAGAUUGUUCACAGACAUCAUUAAGGAUGGUGUUCCCAGCUCUCAGAAACGCCAAAGCAAUAGAAACCUGGAUGACCAUGACAAGGAAGAGCGAGCGCAAUACUCUGAGAACCUGAUAUCCAGUUUAAAGGAAAUUGGUGAAAUUGUUCAUAUUUAUCUGAUUGGAAAGGAAGACACUCGGACACACUCACUGGCAGUUUCUCUGCACUGUGAUGAUGAUGCUAUCAGUGUCAGUGGGCAAAAUAGAUUACGCCAGCAGAUUACUGCUGCAUGCAAGCAUGGAAGUGACCUAUAUGUUGUGGGUGGCCCCAUCCCACGACGGAUGUGGAAGUGCAACAUGGAGACAAUGGACUGGGAACAAUGUGCAUCACUACCAAGAGAUCGUCUUCAGCACACACUUGUAUCCGUCCCAAGUGAAGAUGCCAUUUAUUCAUUGGGUGGGAAAACCCUUCAGGAUACGCUCUCCAGUGCUGUCAUUUAUUAUGUGGUCUGUGAUAAUGUGUGGGUUGAAACUAAUCAGCUGGACACUGCAGUGUCUUGUGCUGCUGGUGUUAACCUUAAUGGAACUAUCUAUCUACUAGGUGGGGAAGAGAAUGACCUGGACUUCUUUACCAAACCAUCUCGUCUCAUUCAGUGUUUUGACACGCGUUCCAGAACCUGCCAGCUAAAGUCAUAUCUCCUCCCUUUUGCAGGCCGAAUGCAUGCUGCUAUUCACAAGGACCUGAUUUUUAUAGUAGCUGAGGGAGAUUCUUUGGUAUGUUACAAUCCACUGCUUGACAGCUUCACCAGACUGCGCUUCCCAGAGGUUUGGAGCCGUGUGCCCUCCCUGUGGAAGAUUGCCAGCUGCAAUGGUUGUAUUUAUGUUUUCAGGGAUAAGUGCAAAAAGGGUGAUGCCAAUACAUUAAAACUGAACCCAGCCACAUCUGUAGUCUCAGUGAUAAGUGGAAUUGAGAUAUUGCUGACAAAUUGGCAAUUUGUUUUGGCGUGAUUCUAACCAAACACAGUAACCUUGCAGUAAAAGAGAUUUCAGGACAGUUUUGCAUUGUGAAAAUUUAUAAAGGUUGAAUGUCGCAAUUUAAUUCAUAAUUUGGUCAAGCUACAACUGUAUUAUCUGUUUUUUCGAAAGCUGACAGUGAUCAAUGAUUACUGUAUAUAUCAGGCCAAUACAGAAUUUAAUUGCAGUUUUAGGAAUUUAAUUUGUUGGCCACAAAGUUAUUUUUUUAAAGUUCUGCAGAUGACAACAAAAUUUCAUUACUACUUUUGUUUUCUAAGACAUUAAUUGACCUAAACAAUGUCAAAAGUAUUGUGUCAUGUUCUAUUUCAGACUGAGACAGAACUAGAAGAACCAAAAAAAAUCUAAAUAAGAAUAAGUGUUAUACAUAAAAAUAUUUUCAAUAAAGUACAUGACAUUGUUUAACAUAAUGUAAUGUCAGUUACUUAUGAAAAAGAUUAACCACAAGGAAAUAAUGUACUACUUCAGUAUGUGUUCUAACAAAUGCAGUGUUAUUGUUUUAAACAUGUAUCGGGGAGGUUUCCUUAUGCCCCUGUAUAGGGAUAAUAAUUAUUAAAAUCAAAAGUAUUUGUCAAUACACAUUCUAAGUAGAGUUUACCUACAAUAUGAUUUCAUUUAAGUACAUAACUGAAAGUGAUCUUAUGGAAUAGUACCCUUCAGCUUUAAGUAAUUGUUUGGUAGUUUGUAUCCAUUGUACCAACACCUUCAAGCUUCUAAUUGAUACCAGGGACUACUUGUUAUCUAGUGGUUUUUACAGAGACCUUAAAGCAAGUACCUAUCUGUUUUCUGUCUUGGAGUAGAGCGUAACACAGAGCAAGAUGGGGACAAAAAAUGGCUGACAAAUUAUGGAAGUAGAUGAGUUGCUGUUAUAAGUCAGCUUUGCUAGAGGUCCAAGAGAUGAAAAUGCCAGCAGCAGAAGAUUCAAAUUCAUUCAAUCUCUAAAAAGAGGCAGGAUAUCGGAGUUUAGACGCUUUCAUAAGGCAAGUCAGUAACAUUUGGUAUCAAUAGAAUACUUCUAGACAGUUAUGUUACCCUUUCAAAUAAGAGCAAUUCGACACCAUGCCUAUGCAAUUUUUUAAGAAUGCUAGGUAGAUUUUUAUUAUACAUACUAUUUUACUACAAAAGCAUUUAUUUGAACUGCCCUUGGCAAGUUGAAAAACUACUUCAUAGCCCCUCUCGCUGUAAAAUAAGCAAGUCAAUGAAGGUUUUGUUGCAACCUUUAACCUUUAGAUUUUGCCUUGUUCUUUGCACAGAAAGGCUAUUUGGCUGGAAGUCUUUUUAACCAAAGUAACAUGUUAAAUUUUAAAUAAAAAAACUAAAGAAAAGCCAAUUCAAUACUAUUUGUAUACUUUCUGUGUUACGGCAGUAUAUGAUUGGUUCUCAACCUUGCAGAAAGGCAGUUUCAGUCCUCUCUUGAUCUGACUCCUGGACUCAACAGCUCUGUGGAGCAAGCACAUGAAUCUCCAUAUUAGUUGAUGAAUUGCUGGGACUUUCAUCAACUCCAUUGCAAGAGUUGAAGUAUUAGCAUGGGAGAAAAUGAAAGUUGCUGAAUUGUUAUAAAACCUCAUUUUGUUCUCUAAUAUUCUUAAGGGUUAUUUUUGGCCUGUCUUAUUCUGAUUCAUUCUUAACAGUCUCAGAAGCUUCAGAAAGCUAUCAGUUCUCAGGCAGCUGGACAUGGACGAAACGUACACCCUUGCUAACAUCAUCCAAUUCCAGGAACAAAUAGAGUUGAAGAAAGAUGGAUCAUCAACAUCAUCAAUCUGAAUCACGAGUUUCUAGUGAUGGAACAGAAUGACAGUGGAUCAACCUUCAUUACACUAGUUUCACUUCAAAUAUACUUUGAGUUCCUUAAUGAACCUUACAGCCAGAGGAAGGUUCCUCCAUAUAAAUUCCCUUCCCACAUUCAAGAUCAUUGCUUCAAUUUGCCAACUCAUAUUGUCCAGCCUAAUAAAACUGCAUUCUCCUUAUCCCAUUCUAAUCUAUUCAAUCAUAUCUAGAGAACAUAUUUCUCUUCCCAUACAUAAAAUAUUACUUUGGGUGUCCCCCAGGAUCUGUUUUGGACCUCCUAUUUCUCACCUUCAUGCUGUCCAUCAGAAACAUCUGAAAACACAACAUAGGUUUCCACGUGGGAAGUGAAACAGAAAUUUUCCCCUAAUUAAAUUUUUGAUAGAGAUUGAACACAACAGUUUUGUAUUCCCAAUUAAAUAUUGAGAAUACAAAGCUGUUAUGUAGAAAUAAAAUUCUCUAUCAAAAAUUUUAUUUCCUAGCUACUGUCUCCAUCACUCUCCUUGAAAACUGUAUGAAACUGUCCACAACUAUUGUAUCAUGUUUGAUUCUCAAAUGAACCUCAGAUCACAGAUCUGCAGCAUUUGUUCCCUUUGGGCUUGACUAUUUCAACUCACCUCUGGCCAACCUUCUUUCCUUAUACUCUGAAAACAGAAAAUCAUCCAGAAUUUUAUAGACUCUUGUCCUAACUUAUUCAUGCCCCAAUCACCCUUCAUCCAUAUGCUUUCUGACUUACAUUGGCUCCUGAUCAGCCAAUGCCUUGAUUGUAAAAUACUCGUACUUGAUUUUAAAUCCUUCCAUUACCUUGUCCUCCCCAUAACCUCAUCUACCUUACAACCCUCAGAGAUAUUUUUGCUCAUCUCCAAAUUUAAUCACAUACGCUCUGGAAUUCCUUCUCGAAACCACUCUGCCAUUCUUUCAUCCCUUAAUUUCCUUUAGUAACUAACCAAGGUUUUAUUCAUCUGUCCUCGUAUCUCUUCUUGCAAUUCCUGUCAAAUUUUAUUUGAUAACAUUCCCAUGAGGCACAUUUGAAUAUUUAAGUGUUUAAAGGUGUUAUAAAGCACAUUGUUGUAUAUAAAUUCAAGUUACUUGCAAAAUUGUAUCCAUCAUUGCUGUUGUUAUUUGCUGUGUUAAUGGUUUUACAUACCGUAU